AUGGAAUGUACAGUACCUGCGCACCUGCCAAAGUAUAGUAGCAAGUACCGGGCUGUUCUUUCUCAGGCCUUUACCGUUUUCUUGGAAGGACCCUUAGUCGAUGUCGAGCCUGCCAAUCCAAUUGGCCCCGUGGACCCUGUACGACCUCGUGACUGGCCGGCACGAUUCAGGGCGCACCCAUUCGGAAAAGUCGCAUCGCGACCCUUGAACCUGUCAGAUCACGCCGCCACUUGGAUACAGUGCAAGCUGAAAGUCGGGCUCACUAUGAAACCGACUUUUGACCGCCAUGUUGGUUACCAUCUACAAGAGUGCUAA